AUGGCAUUUACAGCCAAGUCGCGCGCGUACAAGCACAAGGUGCUAUUGGAAAGUUCGUCCGACGACGUAGACUUUUCGUCGAGAAAUUCGUCAUUGGCACCUACAGAAUACCUGUUCAAGAUUUUGGUGAUCGGCGAACUUGGCACUGGUAAAACUUCCAUAAUCAAACGUUACGUGCACAAAUUCUUCUCUCAACACUACCGUGCGACGAUCGGUGUAGAUUUUGCGUUGAAAUCGCUAGAAUGGGAUUCCAACACCGUCAUCCGGCUACAACUAUGGGACAUAGCCGGUCAGGAAAGAUUCGGGAACAUGACUCGGGUGUAUUACAAAGACGCACUAGGAGCGUUCGUAGUUUUCGACGUCACUCGACCAGCCACUUUUGAAGCAGUGGCCAAGUGGAAACAAGACUUGGAUGCAAAGGUCUCGUUAGAAGACGGAUCGCCGAUACCGUGUGUCUUACUCGCAAAUAAAUGUGAUGAGACUAAAGAAGGUAUGGUGAAUAGUAUUGCCAAAAUGGACGAAUUUUGCAAAGAAAAUAUGUUCACCGCUUGGUACGAGACGUCAGCCAAAGAAAACGUUCACAUCGACGAUGCGGCAAAGACACUCGUGACUCAGAUUUUGAAGUACACAGCUCAAUAUAAACCUACAUACUUAAAAUCAAAGGGUCAAAUAAUAUUAAACAACACCCCUAACGAAACACAGAAAGGUUGCUCCUGUUGA